GGAAUACAUAUUUUGAAUUCUGGGGUUGUUAAUGGAGUUUUUACAUUUGAUUAUUAAUAUUAUAAUAUAAGUUUGUAUCGGCCCGUUUAUUGUGAAGUCAUUACGUAGUCUAUCAAUGCACUUAUGAUAGAGAUCAAGUUGCAAUGGUGAAUGAAAAUAAAUGUUGAUUUAUUGGCGAAGACUUUUAUCUAUAUUACAAGACCAGCUGUGCGAUUCUGAAAAUUUACUUGCUAUUGCUAAGGUAUUAAACACAACGGAACAUUGGAUUGUGAGCGAGUAGUAUACAUAGAAGUCUUUGUUUAAUAAACGAUUUAUGGAAACUAUCUUAAGUUGAUUUCUCAGAGCGAUUCUCAAUUCAUCAGAUAUUUCUUAUUUUAGGAAGGAGCUUACAAAGAUAAAUAUUCAUUUAUCGGUGAAUGGUAUGAUAAUCAAGCGAGUCUAAUCCGUCGCUUCAACAUAUUCUAUUAUCCAACUGAUGAUACUUUAGAAAUGUUUGAUUUAAAAAGUCGUAAGACUUUUGUUCGAAGAGUUAAAGUUAAUGGUGUCAAUCUUGAAAGUUUUUAUAUAGGUAGCACUUUGUAUGUCUUAGGACGUCUUAUUAAAAUUGUUGAUUUUGCCUGUGAAGAUACCAGAAAAAAAUUACACAAAGAUAUGCAAGUAACAUUUGCAAUAAUUAAACCGAUACCCACUCAAAUAGCAGGGAAGAUACUGAGCCACCUUCAUGAGCAUGGGUUACGAGUUACUAAAAUGAAGAAAGCACGUCUCACCGCAGAUGACGUACAUCAGCUCUUCAGAAAAAUGCUUACAGAUCCUACAUUCCCGUUCUUGUUAGAAUAUCUCACUGGGCAACUAGUAUAUGGAUUAGAGUUGGUUGGGAAAGAUGCAGUGAAUGUUCUUAUCAAGACUUUAGGAGAUGGAGAUCCUGUGAAAGCUGCUGCUGGGACUAUCAGAGCUUUAUACGGUUCAGAUCCUGUACGGAAUUGUAUGCAUGCUGCUGCUAGUCCAGAUGAUGCUGUAGAGGAUGUUGGAUACUUCUUCCCACCACCACCCCUGCGAUCUACACGACUACGUCUGACAGCUACACUAUCUAACUGUACCCUAUGCAUAGUAAAACCACAUGCCAUUCGUGAGGGUAAACUAGGGGCUGCAUUAGAAGCCAUUGAUAAUGGUGGCUUUGAAGUAACAGCACUCAAUAUGUUUAUGGUUGAAAACAUAAAUGCUGCAGAAUUUUAUGAGGUGUACAAAGGAAUUGUACCAGAGUAUAAGGGAAUGGUAGAAGAAUUAGCUAGUGGACCUUGUGUUGCUAUGGAAAUUGUAGCCAAAGAUAAAAGCGUGACUACAGCUAUUGAAUUUAGAAAAUUAGUUGGCCCUUCAGACCCUGAAAUUGCUCGAUUAUUACGUCCGCAUACUCUCCGAGCGAAAUUGGGCAGUACCAAAGUUCAGAAUGCCAUACACUGUAGUGACUUGGCAGAAGACGGGCUACUGGAAGUCGAAUACUUCUUUAAAAUUCUAGAUUUAUAAAUACAAAGGCUGAUUACUUUAAAUGCAAUAAAUAAAUAUUUAAAUGACAUUGUUAUUAUUAUUAUUAUUAGUAUGAUGUCAUAAUAAUAUACAUGGAAUUUAAUAUAUCAGGUCAAACAUUAUUGCGUAGAUAAAAUAUUUUAACCAAUUUAUAUUUAAAUUGGUAGAUGGAUAAUAUUCUUAAUGGAAAUGUUUAAACAA